AGUAACAAAACAGAAUUUGCGGCUGUAUGUUCUUGUUUUGAUUAUUUCGACACCGUAGUAAAUCUAUAACCUAUAUUUUUUUCGUUAAGUGUUAUUAUCGAUUUAACUAGUGACAACAAUCGGAUCUUGCAGUGCUUCAAGUGUUCAAAACAAAAUUAGUGUUUCUGGUGUACAUUAUUGAACCUUACAGUUAUCUAGUGCUACAAUUUGUUUUCGUGGUUAAAAUCUUCCGUUAUUCUGAAUACUGUGUUGUGAAUUGGCAUCGGACCAAAGAAAGACUACAGAAGUUCUUCAUAAAAAUAAUCAAUGGCAAUGUUUCUUAAAAUGAUUUCAACAAUUGUGUACAAACAUGUCGUGAAAAAGUGACGUUUCACCAAAAUGUCACCCGUCAAACGAAAAAGAAGGAUAGACGAAGAGGUCACGUUUAAAUUUAAAAGGACUCAAAUAUCAUAGCUAAGUGUAAUAAAACCUUUAUGGUACUACUAUUGAUCUCACAGUAUUUUAGUGCUCAAGAUUUAAAAAUAAGUUUAUAUUAAAAAGAGACUGAAUUGAAACGCUAGACUUUAUUCGCUCGCCUUUUAUUAAAAAAAAAGAAAAUGAUCGCUCUGAAGAAACUAUACGGGGAUGAGCUAUUGCGUCUCGCUCUAGUUUUAAGUUUAUUGAAAGCAAACCCGAAUGAUUAUCUGGAAGCAGAAACCCAACAGCUCCUAACCGGUCUUCAUAUAUCGAAUGGUUCUGAUUGGUCUUUAGAACAUGAAGCUCGCACACUUAUAAGACCAAGAUAUGUUCACCCAAAAUCUCUGGAUAACAUCCUUAUUAACUACGAAAGGGAUUUAUUUGAGGAGUUGAACUCAUUAGGGCGAUACGCAAAUUCCCGUCUCGAAAACAAUGAACGGAUGUGGAAUAACAGAGGUCCAAUACUUCAUACAUAUUUAUUGAACGAUGUAGCGACCGACACAGUUGCUCCGACGCUUGCAGUGCCGUCGGUUGAUAAUGGAGACCAAGAUGGCGUCUCCGCCGACGAUAACGUCGCGCAAGAAGUCAAAGUGACAGAUGAGGAGUCUGUCAGCGAAAAUGCGAGCCAACCGGAAGUAGUUGUGACUCUAUCAGCUGAUUUUCUAAACAACAACACCGAAUCGGACAUAUUUGCGGAGAUUGCUUCUCGAUCAUUUGACGUAAACGAACUCCUUGUAGAUCCGAACGAAAUGCAGAUCAAAACUGAGCCUAAAGAUGAUAGUUUCCAAGAUAUUACCGUUAAAAAAGAGCAGUCCACUGAAGAUUUGUACAGCGAUAACGCGAUCGACGAUUUCGUACCCUAUUUCACAGCGAAAUCUGAGAAAUUCGAACUUGGCGAGUCCAAUUCGGUGUUCCACGAAAACUUGGCUGAUCUGCAAGACUAUGGGGAGUUGUUUGACGAUGUCAAAGAGCUCAGAAAUGAAUUUGAGUUCUUGGAUGUGAAACAACAACAGGAGGAUCUCGAACAGUACCUUCUAGAGAACACACCUUUGGAGAUGGAUGCAGAGGUGUACGAAUUAGCGCCUAUGUUUGAAGAGGAGUUGGUAUUGGAUGUCAAGAGGGAGAGAGCAAGCACAAGUUUUACAUCGGCUAGCUCUAGUGGUAUCAGUGAUAUGGAUUUGGCAUCUGUUAGAGAUAUCAAGUCGGAGGUCGACGAAGGGCAUCACACUGGUGACGAGCUGACACAAGAAGACAUGGAUCUCAUCGAGGUGUUGUGGAAGCAGGAUGUCGACAUGGGAUUCUCUCGCGAAGAUCCGAUUCAGAUGGAGGGUCCCCAGGCCACGAAGGUGACUUCGGGUGACGAUUUGGAGAAGAACGAGACGCUUUCUUAUACGAUCCAGAAGAAGAAGGAGGAAGCUCAGAACAUUGAGAAGGUGAAGGCGUCCCUGCUGAAUACGGAAGACAAAGAGGACGACCCAUGGGCCGGACUCUCGUACACCGUCGAUACGGAAACAGGAGAGUACGUGCUCCAGGGUGACCUUCCUCGUGAGCUGGUCGCCUCCGAGGAGUCAAGAUUCGACUUCCUUGAAGAAGCUCUGCAACUUGUUGAACUAGGAGACGAGGCGGAAGCUAAGGAUGACCAACCUGAGGCGGUAGAGGGCAGCAGCAGCGGUGGCGAGAUGCUGCACCCGGCGAUGCGGCAUGUGCCGCACCACCCGUUGGCGCACUACCACAACCAGUCGCUGAUGCGCUCUAUGUCAGUGGAGCAGCGCUGGCAGGACCUGGCUUCGUUGCUGACCAUCCCACCCCCACCAGAGCAAUACCACCACCAUCAUCACCAUCAGCAACACCACCAGCCCCAUCCGCACCCUCACAACAUAAGCGCCCAUGGAGCAGUUGGAGGCUAUGCCCCUAAUUACCACGCACCCCUGCCUCCAGUGCCAGAGAAACACCCCGAGCAUUACGCUGGUGCCGCCGCUCCUCUGGAAGGAGCUUACAAGGUGGAAUCAGCUCAUCAUCCGCAGCAACAUGACGGGAUUUACUAUCAGAAUUCAACCGGUGAGAUGGCGCCACCGGCGACACAAGACGGAUUUCUGCAGUCCAUCCUCAACGACGAAGACUUGCAGCUCAUGGACAUGGCCAUGAACGAAGGAAUGUACACAAUGCGUAUGCUGGACGGUGCAGGUCCGCAUCAUAACCAUACGCAUAUGAUGAUGACCACAGAGCGUGACUCGGCAUCUGAUAGCGCCGUGUCUUCAAUGGGAUCUGAGAGAGUGCCGUCUCUUUCUGACGGCGAAUGGUGCGAUGGCAGUGAUUCAGCGCAAGAGUUUCAUAGCUCUAAAUUCCGGCCGUACGAAGCCGCUUAUGGAAGGGAUAGGAACGCUCCACACCAACCGCAGAAGAAACAUCAUAUGUUUGGAAAAAGAUGCUUUCAGGAGCAGACGCCCCCACAACUGGAGGCGCUACCCCCGCGCCCACCCGCCCCCGUCGUCAAGUACGAGUGUCCCGAACAAACAUACCACCACGACCCCAUGCAAAUGCAUACAGAUUUCGGCCCUCGCCCAUUGGUGGGAAACCACGGUCCAUUGCAACCAGCUCUGGACCUGAACACUCCCCAUACCAGCCAUGCAUUAUUACAGGGCGGUAGUCAGGGGCGCGCGGGCCCCGGCGUGCGGCACAACCACACGUACGCGGCGCCGCCCGCCCUCCCGCACGCGCGCCCCGCCCAGCACCGGGACAAGCGAGUUCGGCGUAUGACAGAUGGCAGUAUGUCAGACGGCGGAUCGUCCACUAGCGGCGGUCACAUGACCAGAGACGAGAAGAGGGCCAAGGCGCUGGGUAUACCUCUAGAGGUGCAUGAUAUAAUUAAUCUGCCAAUGGAUGAAUUCAACGAGCGUCUGUCGAAACACGAUUUGAGCGAGGCCCAGCUGUCACUAAUCAGGGAUAUAAGAAGGCGUGGCAAAAACAAGGUGGCGGCGCAGAACUGCCGCAAGCGCAAGUUGGACCAGAUCACGUCCCUCGCGGACGAGGUGCGCACCGUGCGCGACCGCAAGCAGCGCACGCAGCGCGACCACCACACGCUGCAGGCGGAGCGGCAGCGGGUCAAGGAGAGGUUCGCGGCACUGUACAGACACGUGUUCCAAAACUUGCGCGACCCCGAGGGCAGGCCGUUAUCUUCUCAGCAGUAUUCUCUGCAGCAGGCGGCUGACGGCAGCGUCGUUCUUGUACCCAAGAUAACUCAUAACGAUCAUUCUAUGAACCGGACAUCAGACGACGACAUGGACAGAAAAACUAAAAACUACGAACAGUGACAAAUCUAUUGGUGAAUACUUGGAGAGAGAAAAUUAAAAAUAGAGACAUUCUUUUUUUAAACAUAAUACAUAGAACUCCUUUGCCUUUGUCGUUAUAUUUCUUCUU